CGCCCGCCCAGCUGUAACUUGUUUACCGCCCCACCAUAUUCUCUCCUUACCGGUCUGAUAGCCUGCAAGACCAGACAGCUUCAUCAUGAAUCCUGUUGCGCUCUUUUCGAUAAUAUUUUACGCUUUCAGCAGCUUGUUCAAGCUUUCGUAUGCCCAACCAGGCACUCGGAAGCUUAGUUCAAUGACGUUGGAGAAACCGUACAUUGACCAUGGAAUGCGUAACUUGUGGUGGGAAUAUGGCGGAAACACGGUCGUUGAUAGAAAGAAUGGUGUCUUGUUGACUCAAGACUUAUCUGAACAACACGGUUGGAUUUCGUCUCGCCUCCCUGCUCCUGCUCGCAGUUUUGUAAUUGAUUUCGAGGUCAAGAUCCAUGGAUUGGGCACCACGGUCUACGGAGAUGGAAUGGGUAUUUUCUUGACGGAAGAACGUGCAAAAACCGGACCUGUCUUUGGUUUCGCUGACGAGUUCACUGGCUAUGGCAUUUUCAUUGACACGUACAAUAACAACCGUCCCCGUACCGCUUUCCCCUACGUUAUGGCUAUGAAGGGCGAUGGAAAGACAAAGUACGACGUUGAGAAUGACGGCAAGGCCAACGAAAUCGGUGGCUGCUCUGCUCGUCGUUUCCGUAACUCUCGUGUUGCUACCAAGGGCCGCAUCACAUACCGUAAGGACUUGAAGAAACUCAGUCUUGACUUGGCCUACCUUGAGAAGGAUGUGUACGUUAGCUGCUUCGAGUUGGAGGAUGUCGAAUUGCCUCAAACAACUUUCCUUUCCUUCAGUGCCCACACUGGCGAAGUUAGCGAUUACCACGAGGUGAUUUCUGUUGUUACCCAUGAGCUCACUGACGAAAAUAAGGAUGCUGCUGCCUCUCCUGCAGCCAACAGUCAGCCAGUUGUGGACACUCCCAUCAACAAUGCCCCCAAGGUCAAGGGCAGCUCUUGGAAGAAGCCUGUCAUCCUCGUUCUUUUCUUCUUAAUUCUCGUCUUUGGUUUUAUGGCUUACCGCUCUUAUACUCAGCAACGGAUGCGUAGAACUUCCGUGCUCUAAAGGCUGCAUGAAAACUAUGUCUUGCUUAAGGAAAAAACGUAUACACUACUGUCUUGUUGGUGCAACCUGAGAAGCGAACAGCUUCCUGUCAUGAUUUAAUUGUCUUCCCUAUGAUCUUUAAAAAUUGAAGCAAGCAUGAAAAAAGAAAAUACGCACUAUGAACUACGAAAGCAGAGCUAGUAUGACCUUUCGACCUUUGCAAGCGUUAUUUUCAUCCGUCUACGUCUUUCCAUUUUAAUGGGGAGUUUCAAAACGCUAGACAACAGUUUAAUCAAACUAAGUAUGCUUAAUUCAACUAAUUAUAAAACGCAUGGGGAGUUGUAACUUGCAACUACUCGCAAUUUCUGUUCCACCGCUUGUUUUAUUCAUGCAGAAUUCAUGAUACAGGGUAAUAUGGAGGGGAGCCGUUCGGUUGCUUCGCA